AUGGCUCCUGUUGAUAAAAUUCCCGCCGGCGAUUUCGGCGACGACCUCCUCGUAUUAAGCCUCGACCAAGCCCGGCAUAUCAACCAGUUCCGUACACAGAUCCGCCUUUGCGAAACCGACACGGAGAAAUAUGAACUUUGCGCGCAGACCCGAGACGACGUGCUCGAGUGGCAUACCGAGGUGCAGCUCCUGAUCGCUGCUUAUGAGCAUAUAAUAGUGGACGAGUGUGUCGGAUACAAAGAAUGGAAGGAGAAGGGAGGAGAAGGGCAGGGGUUACCGAUCAAAACCAGAGAGGAUGCGGCCAAGUGGGAGAGAUUUGCCGACGUGGCGCGAGGCGGAUCAGAGGUCAAGUCCAAAUGUAUCGGUCCUUUGAAAACGGUAAACCGAUAUUGGGGCGCAGAUUUUGUCCAGCACUACCAGUUGGCUUCUAAGGGGGUAAGAUAUUGCGAAGUUACCGGCGCCGCAGCGCGGGGGGUUCGCGAUUUGGACGAGGCUGUGACGAAGUUGAACAGAUUGAUGCUGUGGCGGCAUUUGGCCACCGGGCGGGGGCUGCGUCGACCGCGCGAAGUGGUCAACCCGAUCGACCAGGCCGAUCUAGUAAAUCUAAAGGCCUGGUCGCACCGAGAUUCAUUCGACAAGGGCAAAGACUCUCUUCCGUACCGGAAACUGGCUGCUGCCGACUUGCCUCCCGGCUUUGGCUUCGACAAAUUUGGGCUCAUGGUGCGAAAGGAAUUUGCUGUCUCGUUGCCCGCCGACACCAUUGAAACGGCAGCCGCGUUCGGUGCUGAUAUCACUGGACGCUCGGGACCGAACGACGCCUGCAACGUCGGCGUGCCGGGGCUUAAUCCCCUGCACGGCGCCAGCUCGGGGGAUUCGAACUUCGGCCGUUUCGUCGAACAGGUUCUCGAUACUGUCCUUGCGCAUGAGGAACCAAACGGGCCAUCCGCCGCCAACGAGAGCAGUGAGGACGCUAGCUCUACAGAGCGUCAUACCGGCGCCGCCCAUUCCUUUUCUCUGGGUCGCUCCCAGUCGACAACACCUUUGAGCUCACCGCCAAAGUCCCCUCCUCUCGCCGCCCCUGCCGUUGCCGGAGUCCUAUCCGGGGAUGCCGCACGGGAUUUGGCGGACAUAAGUUCAUCUGGCGAUACCGACGCCGACGAUCGCCUGCACCCCGAACGACAACCAUCCCGUCAGAUCCUUCGCUCACGAGCAAGCACUGACAAGUCGUGUGGCAGAGCAGCGGCAGAAAAUGCUCAAAACGCGGACCGCCAACACGCCACCAAUGCUUCUGCAGCACGACUCCGAGCACGGAGUGGCAAGCCAGGCUACCACGAAGCACCGCCGAAAAGGUCCAAACCACUCCGUCAGCCCGAGCUGCUCAGCACUGCGCGUUUGCAGGAGCGAUGUUGUCCACCCAAAAUAUCAUCAACGCUACUAGCGUUUCUGGACAAAAUGGACGGCAUCGCAACUGGGCAGAUGCCUACAUUCAUAUUGGUCGGCGUUCCUUUUCAGAACAUGUGUCAUACACAUCUCAAAAAGUACACAGAGGCAGUCACCAGCACGGAGUCCUUCGGCUCAUCUCCAAAGGCGGAGAAGGAGCUCCAGAUGGCCAGCCUUGAUACAAGCGACACUCCCCGGCGCCGGCGUGCCUCGCUUUCCGAACUCAUCGACACUACCCCUCUAAAACGGCUGCGGUCUGCUGAUCAAGAUACGUCGGGCCAUAGUUAUCUGCCGGCCACGACGAGCCUAAACGGCCGGCCAAAACAUGAUUCAAUUCGCGAUGAAGCCUAUCGCUGGCGAGUGCUUAAGGACAUGGAAUCAACGGAACAUGAGCCCAAUUCCUGGGGGAGCCAAACGGACGCAUUGGUUUCCCAGAUCCUAUCUAAGAGCAGGUCGCCCACGGGCGAAGAUGCAUACUUCCUGAGCGGAGAGGAAGCAGCCCAACGUGCAGAGCUUGGAUCGGUCGACGUGCCUAUUUUCACGCAAGGCCAGCAGCGAUUCCAGUGGAAGGGGAAGGACCGCCCAAUUUUACAGCUGUUCUAUCACAUGGAAGACCUUGGCCUCGAUCGGACUGUGUCCGUUCAGGUGCCCUCUCGCAGUUCGCUCAAGGAAUCUUCGGAGCGUAAAACGCUUUUCCAAGUCCGAAACCGGUUCCUCGACCAGCGGUCAACAGGUGACCCCUGGAACCUUCUCGAUCUGCAGGGUUCAUUGCCUUCGACCCUGCCGUCUUUUUUGGAAGGCGACAACUGCCAACUUCUCCUCCGAAUGCGCGAUGCCAUUCUAAUGGGCAACGAUGCUCAAAGGAUAGCAGCAUCUGGAGAAGAUUGGAACACAUGGCGCAACGUCGUAGAAUGGGCACUCCUAUCUGAAGGAGGACAUAACACGGCGCCGCAUAUGGACAGCCACGGCUAUUCAACCUGGAUUACGGUCCAAGAAGGAAACAUUGGCUUUGGAUGGAUCUCGCGCCCAAGCCAGCAGGAAGAAGAUGAAUGGAUAGCCAAUCCGCAUGGCUAUACCGGUGGUGAAUGGAGAUACGUCAUUCUCUCACCGGGGCAUACGGUGUUCUUCCCCUCUGGCACGAUCCACUUCGUCUUCAGGGUACAAGGAGUACAGACAUUUGCCCUCGGCGGCCACGUCCUUCAAUGGUCUGGCAUUGAGCGGUGGCUUGAAGUGGUCGUCGCUCAACUGAAAAACCCGGAGAUUACUAACGAGGACAUGGCAUCGAGUGCGCCAAAUCACGGCUAUUCAACCUGGAUUACGGUCCAAGAAGGAAACAUUGGCUUUGGAUGGAUCUCGCGCCCAAGCCAGCAGGAAGAAGAUGAAUGGAUAGCCAAUCCGCAUGGCUAUACCGGUGGUGAAUGGAGAUACGUCAUUCUCUCACCGGGGCAUACGGUGUUCUUCCCCUCUGGCACGAUCCACUUCGUCUUCAGGGUACAAGGAGUACAGACAUUUGCCCUCGGCGGCCACGUCCUUCAAUGGUCUGGCAUUGAGCGGUGGCUUGAAGUGGUCGUCGCUCAACUGAAAAACCCGGAGAUUACUAACGAGGACAUGGCAUCGAGUGCGCCAAAGUACGUUCAAGUCGUCAAGCGACUUGUUGCAAACGGGAUGAAGGCUGGCCGGGUGGAAGAGAUGGGCGGUCGAGAUGCAGUCGCCAGACUGUCCGCCUUACUAAAGGUAAGGGGUCUACACAUCACAUUUGCGACAUGCGGGCUAAUGAUCGUUAGGAUUUCGACAGCGUUGCUGGGGGCUCGCGUAUGAAAAUGAGCAAACCCCGAACGCCCCUGCGUCAACAGAAAGGGGACGCUCCGGAUCUCGUUCAUUCGAUCCCUUGUCAGCCUCCUAGGCGCCUGCUGCCGA